UCCAAACCUAUCUGCCUCUUCCUAAGCCACUGGAAUGAUCUCACGUCUCAGCUGUCCCAGACUCAGUGUCUCUUGCCUUGGCAAUACAUGAAUGGAGGAGCUGCAGACAUGCUUGCGAUCACCCCUUUCCUCUUUCCCACAGGGAGGGUGAUGGCAGCACAGGCAGGCCCUGAAUCAUCAUCUCCUGGAAGAGCAGAAAGAGCAGUGAUGAAGCUGCCUCAGAAGCUGCUGUCCUUUGAUGAGGUGGCUGUGUAUUUCACUGAGAGAGAGUGGGACCUCCUUGACGCGGGUCAAAGAGCUCUGUACAAGGACGUCAUGCUGGAAAAUUAUGGGAUGGUAACCUCUCUGGUGACCCCCUUGACACCAUCCCUGGAAGAAAUGGUCAAGCCAGACCUCAUCUCCAGGUUGGAAAAAGGAGAAGAUGGAUUUGCCUUGGACUCUGAGGAAGAGAAGAGAUGGGGAGGUACCAGCUCAGGUAAUAGCUGGAAUUCUGGAGGUUAUCCAACGCCAUUUUGGUUGUGCUUCAAAAUUCAAAAUCAUGAAGAAAGAAAAUAUAUGAAGCAGAAAUCCCUAAGUUUUAAAGAAGUGGAAAGAGGCAAACUCCUGUUCCUAGAAGAUGAUCUCAAGGAAGUUGGUAGAAAACAGCUUGCAGUCUUGCAGAAGAUACUGCAAAAUAAUAUAAAAUUAAAGAGCUUCAGUGAUGGUGGAAGACUUUCCGGACAUCAGAGAACUCACACAGGAGAGAAAUUAUAUGAACAUGUGGAGCAUACAGAAAGUUUCAGUGAAAGUGGAAAACUUUACAUAAAUCAGGAAACUCACACAGAGGAGAAGCAAUAUAAAUGCAUGCUGUGUGAAAAGACCUUCAGUCAAAAUGGAACACUUACUAAGCAUCAAAGAACCCACACAGGGGAGAAGCCAUAUCAUUGCAUGGACUGUGGAAGGCGCUUCAGUGAAAGUGGAAGCCUUUCCAGACAUCAGAGAACUCACACAGGGCAGAAACCGUAUAAAUGUGUGGAGUGUGGAAAGAGCUUCACUGAAAGCGGGAAGCUUAUGAUACAUCAAAGAAUCCACACAGGGGAGAAACCAUAUAAAUGCAUGGAGUGUGGAAAGAACUUCAGUGAAAGUGGAAGUCUGUCUAGACAUGAAAGAAGACACACAGGGAAGAAGCCAUAUAAAUGCUUGGAGUGUGGCAAGAGCUUCACUGAAAGCGGGUAUCUUAGUAGACAUCAAAGAACUCACACAAGAGAUAAACCAUAUAAAUGCAUGCAAUGUGGAAAGCACUUCACUGAAAAUGGAGCACUUACUAAACAUCAAACAAUACAUACAAGGGAGAAAACACAUAAAUGCAUGGAGUGUGGAGAGUGUUUCCGUGAAAGCAAAAUACUUAGUAGGCAUCAAAAAAUGCACACAGGGGAGAUACCAUAUAAGUGUAUAGAGUGCGGAAAGAGCUUCAUUGCUAAAGGAAGACUUAAGCAACAUCAAAGAACUCACACAGGGGAGAGGCCAUAUGAAUGCACUGAGUGUGGGACAAGCUUCAGUCAGAAAGUGAAUCUUGAGAGGCAUCAAAGAACUCACACAGGGGAGAGGCCAUAUGAAUGCACUGAGUGCGGGACAAGCUUCAGUCAGAAAGUGAAUCUUGCGAGGCAUCAAAGAACUCACACAGCAGAGAGACCCUAUAAAUGCAUCAAAUGUGGAAAGAGCUUCAGUGAAAGUGGAAAACUAACAAAACAUCAAAGAACCCACACAGGAGAGAAACCAUAUAAAUGUAUGCAAUGUGGAAAGAGUUUCAGUGAAACUGGAAGCCUUUCUAGACAUGAGAGAACUCACACAGGGGAGAAACCAUAUAAAUGCAAAGAAUGUGGGAAGAGUUUUAGUGAUAGUUCUCAUCUUUCCAGACAUGGAAAAACCCACAAAGGGGACAAACCAUAUAAAUGCAUGGAAUGUGGAAGGCACUUCAGUGAAAGCAGCAGCCUUUCUAAACAUGAAAGAACUCACACAGGAGAUAAAGCAUAUAAAGGCAUGGAGUGUGGCAACAGCUUCACUGAAGGCAGAUAUCUUAGUUGACACAGGAGAUUAACUAUAUAAAUGCAUGCAGUGUGGAAAGCACUUCACUGAAAAUGGGGCACUUAAUAAACAUCAAAUAUAAGGGGGAAAUCACAGAAAUGUAUGGAGUAUGUAGAGAGUUUCUGCAAAAACAGAAUACUUAGGCAUAAAAAAUGCACAUGGGAAUACGUAUAUAAUUGCAUGGAGUGUGGAAAGAGCUUCAGUGUUUGU